GCUGAGAGAGCAACACAGAGCAACAUGGGACAGUGAGAGAGAGACACAUAGAGAGAGAUGAGAGGUUAGGAGUUGGCAAGAUAAUCAGAGACAGGCCACGGGUUCAGAGCUUGGUGCGCAGCUGGUUGUGACGGGUGAAGAAGCUUCAGGCUAACACUGAAUGGACAGACAGUGACAAUGUGCAACGAUGGGGGGAUUUAAUAUACCGGAUGUAUAUUAUCAACUCAAUAACCCAAGUAUCAAACAGAAAACUGCAGACCAGAGGAGAAUAACAGAAUGGAUGUUCCUUCAACAUUUGGUACAUUUGGAGGUAACUUAUGACUAAAUGGCUGUGGACGUCUUCUAUCAUCUAACACUACUGGAAAAAGAAGUAAAAGAGGAACUAAAUAAUGUAACAUUAGCAAUUUGGUACAUCAUAUGGACUUGACAUUUCACAAAGUGGAGAUCACCUGCUCCUUCGUGUUUAGUACAUAGUACUGAAUGGGUGGUUUAUGAUGGGAAUAACAAGGGCUUUCCUCAGUGAAGUGAAUCUUGAUCAAUCUAGAACUCAGUGUAGCACGAUCUAAAGAAGAUAUUGUACAUCUUGCAUCUCUUGUACAAAUGAUACUACUACGGAGACCCGACACAAGCAAAGCAAAGUAUACAAACUGGUAAACCGACUGCAUCCUACCAUGUUGGCAGCCCUGAUGAGGUGUUUGAACCAUGUGGUCCACUGAAAGCAUGGAGCCGGAGAACAGACACACCCAGAGCAGCUUCUUCAGCAAGGUGGAUGUGCCUGACCAUGCUCACUACAUCAUCGCCUUAUUCGUCUUUGUCAUCGGGACGCUGGGCAUCACUGGCAACGUGCUGGUUAUGUUCGCCUUCUAUAGUAACAAGAAGCUUCGUAACCUGCCUAACUACUUUAUCAUGAACCUGGCGGUCGCUGACUUCCUGCUGGCUUUCACACAGUCCCCCGUCUUCUUCAUCAACUGUCUCUACAAGGAAUGGGUGUUUGGAGAGAUGGGCUGUAAGUUGUAUGCGUUCUGUGGCGCCUUUUUUGGCAUCACCUCCAUGAUAAACCUACUGGCCAUCUCUAUCGACCGCUACCUCGUCAUCACCAAGCCUCUGCAGGCCAUGCACUGGGGCUCCAAACGAAGAACCACCCUGGCAAUCCUUAUCGUCUGGCUUUACUCUUUCGCUUGGAGUCUGGCUCCUCUUGUUGGUUGGAGUUCUUAUAUCCCAGAUGGCCUGAUGACAUCUUGUACAUUGGAUUAUAUGACAUACACAUUGGCCAAUAGGAGCUACACGAUGAUGCUGUGCUGUUUUGUUUUCUUCAUUCCACUGGGAAUCAUCUUUUACUGCUAUCUCUUCAUGUUUCUGGCUAUACGGAAGACGGGCAGGGAGGUAGAGCGUCUGGGGACUCAGGUGAGGAAAUCCACCCUGAUCCAGCAUAAAUCCAUGAAGAGUGAGUGGAAGAUGGCAAAGAUCGCAUUUGUCGUCAUUGUGGUUUAUGUCCUCUCCUGGUCACCAUACGCCUGUGUCACAAUGAUUUCUUUUGCCGGUCAUGCCAACAUCCUGUCGCCGUACACCAAGGUUGUCCCUGCAAUCAUUGCAAAAGCCUCUGCCAUCUACAAUCCUAUCAUCUAUGCUAUCAUACACAACAAAUACAGGAUAACUCUGGCGGAGAAGUUUCCCUGCCUGUGGUUUUUGUCUCCCACUCCUCGAAAGGAAUGCAUCUCCUCUGUCAGUGAGUCCUCUUUCAGGGACUCCGUCAUUAGCAGACAAUCCACAGCAUCAAGAACUCACUUUAUUACAGCUUCACCUGACAUGGUAUUAAAGGAUGUAGAAAUGGAGCCUUUGGGAAGGAAAUCAUUCUCCAGAAGAAUACCAUCUUACAGACAGUCUUCCAGAGGCAGGUCCUAUAAGGAACAAUUAGAGCGGAAGGCCUCCAAGACACACGCAGCAGAGAGGCACCCAUCUACCAUGAGUAAAUCAUUGAGCAACUGUGACCAUGAACUGGUUUCCAGGUCUCUCACCAUCGCCUCUCUCCCCUUACUGGUUCUUACCAGGAGGCGCAGCCAGAGUCCAAUCCAAGUGACCAAUGAGAUUUCAGAUGCACAGGAGACGAAAGACAGCAUCAUGGAUUAUCACGAGAGCGACCCGCUUGAUUCCCUUAAUUUUGGAAAAAUCCCGUCCACUGAUCCCAGGUCGCCUCAGGCUGUCCCACGCAUAAUCGUCAUCAGUCCUACAUCUGAAAGCAGCCUCAUCAACCAUGACAGUGUCUGCUUAGAAGACAGUAUUGAGGCAAUGGAGAACAAUGUUUUUGUCAGCCUGAACUUCUCAACCGAAGUCUUUGAGGCAGUGGAGCUAAUCUCUUGACCAGUUAUUGGCUGGACAAUAAUUACCCUUGUUCUCUUUUUUACUGAUAUUAUUUAUUAUAACCACAGACCAAAUCAUAUUCUUCUCUACCGGCCCAGGCUUGUUUUGGCUGUAGACAAAUUUAAUCAAAAUUGUUUCUGUUUGUUGACGCAUCCUGUAAAGUUAUACCACUCUGUUGCUUAGAUAACUGGAGUGCAGAAGAAAAGUUGGUAUGAAAAAUGAAACAAUAUGACCUGGCUCUGGUAUGCAUUGUGCAGUGUUUGCCAGACUUGGCAGGGACAGGUGCACCCUGAGGGCAUGAGUUACAUAUUUUUGUUAGAUCCCUCAUAAAUGACACGUGUAACAACAUAUUUUCAUAAGUUUGGGGCCCAAGCUUAACAUUGUGCAUCCUUUUGAACUGUAUAACUCCUAGUUCAUUUAGGCACACUUCAUAGAUUAUCUGCUGGAGACUGAAGAGAGGACAUUUGCAUCUUAAAUUAGACCAAUUUAGUUAAGAACAAUGGUAAUAUAUCUACCUUAAUGUGAAAAGGAGAAAACAUGAACAAAAAAUCAAGACUGUUCAUAUUGAGUCCUAAUAUCACAACUCUAAGGAAGGAAAGCAAAGCAAUGAAAUUAGGUUGUGAGGAUGUUUUUUUAUAAUAUAUACAAUUCAUAUAUAGUCAAUUCUUGUCUUGUGGCAGUAGUUCCUUCAGCCCGUGUGGAUCUCUAUAACUUUUCAUUGGCAGGGAGACAGUGGUAUAAUAUAAAUGUGAUGCUGGUCAGAAGACUGAGGCAGAGUCAAAUGUGUCUCAUUAAACAAUAAACUUGUGGUACUUUUAAUGUAUUGCUGUCAUUAUGGACAAUGUGCUUAACAAAUGCUCCACUGUUCCCUUAAACUAUUCCUAUUUAUAUAAAAACAUAAUUGUACUAUUUUGGUUGCUUGUGAAUGCUACAGUGUUGGUACCAGUGAUAGAAAGAAUGUAUUGUCAUUGUAGAGAAUACAACAAAAUUAGGAGUGCUAUUCCUGAUCAGUUCAAUAAAAGGAGUAGCAAUUUGAAUAAGUGUGUGAUUCAAAAUCUCAUUAUAGGAGGAAAGCACCAGUAAUGUAGAUUUCUAUACAGUAGACAUAUUAUGGCUAAAUAUGUUUGCUGAAGACUGUGUUUAUGUGGAUGGUUAAUUUAUUACAAUUUAAAUAUCCUUUCUUUUUGACAGAUACUAGAAUCACUAUUUAAUGAAUCGCAACUCCUUUUGCUCUUAACGGGCUUAUUAUUCCUACUUCUAAUUAAUGUAAUCAUUCCAGUAAUUUAGCAGCAAUUCUUGCAAGUAAAACCAUAAGUAGCUGUUGGUUGACAAUUAGGAUUAACCUUUGGUGUCAUGUCUGUAUCAUCUGCGUUUUAACAUUUGAUACUUAUGCAUCUGUUGGUUUUAUAACUACAGCCAUUAUGGGGCAACGAUGGUGAGGAAAUGUUGGAGUAGUACUUUUCAUGUUAGUUCAUGGGCUGAUCAAACACUCUGAAUUCACCCUUUGGGACAUUUCCAUCAACAUUUUACACCACAGAGGCACCAACUGUAAAACCUGUUUUUCUUCUACAGAGCCUAAUCUGGAUGAUGUGAUGUGUUUUUUAUGCCACCCUGAUGUUCGUAUAAUUUUAUGUGAUUUUUUGUCUCAAUAUGCUGUUGGCUAAUGUUUCAUGUAUACUGUUUGUAUUUCACUUUGCACUAUUGUGAUAAUGCCUCAGACAUACUUUCUGCAGGUACAAAAGAGUUUAUAAAUAAAUUUUCUGCAUUACGUUUGUGGCCAUAUGAAGAGAGCCACAUGUAUGAACUGUAAUACAGCGUUUAAACUGGGGUUUGAUUUUACCAAAAUCAUGUACUUGAAAUCAACAAACCUGCUUUGCUGCACAUAAAAGAUUCUGCAAAGUUGUCUAUACAAACAUUGUAUGCACAUUUCCCUAUAUGUUAACAAACUAUGACAAAAUAUGCUAAGUGUUGUAUUUUUGUGAGAAAGUGAUGUUAGAUGGCUUUACCAUUCAUAUACCACAUCCAUUAAAUUCUUAAAUUUAAA